AUGUGUACAAAGAUGGUCCAAGUCCUUUGGGGAUGUUUCCUCCUGUGGAAUGUCUACAUCUCAUCUGCUUGGAUCACACACCCUGGAAUCAAGGCAAGGGCUACUCAGCGGGCUCUGGACUAUGGCGUUCAAGCUGGGAUGGAGAUGAUUGAGCAAAUGGCCAAGGAAAGAAACCUUCCAGAUUUAAAAGGUUCUGAAUCUCUUGAAUUUCUGAAGGUUGAUUAUGUGAACUACAAUUUCUCAAACAUAAAAAUCAAUGCCUUUUCAUUUCCCAACACGUCAUUAGCCUUUGUGCCGGGGGUGGGAAUCAAGGCACUGACCAACCACGGCACGGCCAACAUCAGCACAAACUGGGAAGUCAAGUCGCCACUUUUCCAAGACUCAGGAGGAGCUGAUCUAUUUCUCUCUGGGGUCUACUUCACGGGUAUUCUUAACCUGGCCCGAAAUGACUUGGGUCAACCAACCGUGGAGCUCCAAGACUGCCACGCCCAAGUGAGCCACGCCCACGUCUCAUUUUCUGGAGAACUCAGUGUCCUGUAUAACUCCUUUGCUGAGCCCAUGGAGAAACCCAUUUUAAAGAACUUAAAUGAAAUGCUCUGUCCCAUUAUCACGGGAGAGGUGGAAGCACUGAAUGCCAAUCUCAGCAUGCUGGAGGUUUUAACCAAGAUUGACAACUAUACCCUGCUGGAUUAUUCGCUAAUGAGUUCUCCAGAAAUUACUGAGAACUACAUUGACCUGAAUUUGAAGGGUGUAUUCUAUCCACUGGAAAACCUCGCCGACCCCCCCUUCUCCCCAGUGCCUUUUGUGCUCCCAGAACGCAGCGACUCUAUGCUCUACAUUGGAAUCUCCGAAUAUUUCUUUAAAUCUGCAUCCUUCGCUCAUUUUGCAGCUGGGGCUUUUAACAUCACUCUCUCCACAAAAGAGAUUUCCAGCCAUUUGGUUCGAAACUCUCAAGGCGUUGGCAACAUUCUCUCCCGGAUUGCAGAGAUCUACAUCUUGAACCAGCCCUUCAUGAUUCGGAUCAUGGCCACGGAGCCUCCCGUGAUCAGUUUACUACCGGGGAACUUCACCCUGGACAUCCCUGCUUCCAUCAUGUUACUCACCCAGUCUGAGAAUUCGACUGCCGAGACCAUCGUUUCCAUGGACUUUGUCGCUAGCACCAGCGUCGGCCUGGUUAUUCUGGGACAAAGACUGAUCUGCUCCCUGUCUCUGAACAGGUUCCGCCUCUCUUUGCCAGAGUCCAAUCGCGGCAAUAUUGAGGUCUUGAGGUUUGAAAAUAUUUUGUCCUCCAUUCUCCACUUUGGCGUCCUCCCACUGGCCAACGCAAAAUUGCAGCAAGGAUUUCCUCUGCCCAGCCCACACAAAAUCUCAUUCGUCAAUUCAGACGUUGAAGUCCUUGAGCAUUUCCUUUUGAUUUCCACUGACCUGAAGUAUGAAACGCCCUUAAAACAGCAGCCAAGUUUCUACGGUUGGGAAGGUCUGAAUCUCAUAAAUGGACAGUGGAGGGGGAAACCAGUGCCCUGAUUGCUGGUUUGGAGUCCACUCCAGGAAUUCAAUGGCCCUUAAUCCCACCGACCGUAAACCAAGAAGGAGAAAACAGUGCACGCUGGAUCCUGACGUUCUCGUGGAGUGCCUCGGCUGAAUGUUUUCCUUCUCAAGCCCUCUGGGACGGAGGGAGGCAGACUGGGUUAAAGAGUUAAAUCAGGACGUGUGUAUCUGUGUGUGUGUGUAGGGAUGGUCAUUUGAAUGUGUGUUCAUGUUUCAGUGCACGUUGUGUGUUUCUGUGUUUCUAAGAUUCUGUGGCCAAGAGCUAGGCCUGUGCUUCCGAAGAGGUUUGUGAGAAACUCUGAAGUACAGAGUUGAAUUGGUGGCGUCAGUGGAGAUCCCUUCAGCCCUUUCCGCUCUCGAGGGUUCUCCCCCUCCCUGUAUGUUGGAUUUUAUGUUUUAUAUUUACUGCUACUGUCCCCUGUAUUUAAUUAAAAUUGUUUUCU